AUGUCCUUCAAGUCGAAGAAUCUCGCAUAUGAGGCGAAAGAACCGGCAUUCUUACAGCGACUUCGAAACCAAUAUGGAGAUACCUCCGGUCGCCUUGAGCGCCCAAUUGCUCGACCCCGAAAACUAAAAGAUGCCGACGACGAUGAUGAGCCUACCUAUGUUGAUGAAGAGAGCAACGAAGUUAUAUCAAAAGAGGAAUAUGAAGCUCUCGUUCGCGAUAGUAACAAGGAUAUCGGGGACACGGGGAAAGGAGAACCAGACCCGGAACAGCCCACAUCCCAAGAUAAAGAACAGGAUAAGGCAAGUACCCCGCAAGACGCGCCCAUAUCGAAACAGAAUAUGGCAGAGAUAGGCGGACCAAAGAAGCGAAAGCAGGCAAAGGUUAUUGGCGAAGAAGAGCCUGCAGCAGAAAAAGAAGAAACACAGCCGAAAGACACUGGAUCUCGGAAACCCAAGCAAAAGAAGAAGAAAAUCAAGCUCUCGUUUGACGAGGAAUGA